AUGUUAACAGCCCGCCUCAACCCCUCGAGCCAUUCCUCAACCCUUGGUUACAAGUCCCCCAUCGCCGCAAGGAGUGAGCCCCAGCGCUGCCGUUCGUUGCUCUCAGGCACCACCGUGUCUUCGUCCGGUCAUCCGCGCUUCUUCCUAAUUCAAAAAUCGGUGCGUCUUCCUCGAGCUCGCCGUCAGUCGCUGCCUUGUUGGUCUUCGUCUGCUCAGCCGCCGUCCGUCGCGCUCAGCCACAGCCGUCUUGGUCUGGUCGUCGUGGUCGAAGAAUCCAACCCCUUUCCUCAUUCACCAAGCGCAGCUUCUUCCUCAACCUCGCCAUCCGCCGUCCGCUCUUCGUUUGCUGAGUCACGCUUCUGCCGCCGUUCGUCCGUCGCCUGGUCUCCAUCUCCGUCUUGCUUCUACCCCUCUGCUCAGACUGCUCAGAACGAAGGAAUCGAAAAUCAAAGAAAUAGGAAAGAAGCAGGUAUAAUUAAUUAAAUUCAAUUCACUGACCACUGUUUGGUUAAAUAUUUUUGUUUUCGCUUGUUGGGGGUGAUGUCAUUUAUACUGAUGGUUUACUGUUUUUAUCGGUCUAGGUGGCCGCAACUGAAGGGGUAUAUAGGUUAUGCAAUAUUUCUACAGAGAUUCAGGCAUGAACAAUGAACUAAACUUCUGUUGCAAUAGAUUUCUUUUGUCUAGACUUAAAAGCCUAAAUCUUAAAUGAGCUUCUUUGUUUUAUUAUUUUAAUUAUCUUUUUUUAUACUCUUUUCAGAAAUCAUUGAAUAAUUAUCUGAUUAAUGAUUAUUGAUUAGCUCUGGCUGCUCUGUACUGCUGUUUUGUGUUUUGUGAGUUUUUUGGAUAGUGAUGUGCUGCUGGUGAUGUGCUGCAUUGUGUUUUACUGUUUUCUGACUUAAUUAUGCCUAGAUAGUGAGUUUUGGCAAAUACUUGGAUGUUUGCUUUUUGUUUCCUGGGAAAUUCAUCUGUUUCUUGGCUGUCCCUUUUAGUACUUCGAGACUUCAUUUAUCUGAGUUUUGGCAAAUGCUAUACCAUUUAUCUGAGUCUUGGCAAAUGCUACACCAUUUCUUCAGUCAUUGAAGUUUGAAUAGUAUUUUGAUGUUUGUACUUUUUAGGGUGUUUAUUUAU